AGUGUCGAUUGUGUACAGUGCUAUAGCUUAUGAGCGAUAGGGAGGAACAACAACCGGACGACCGGAUCUUGCGAUCGGCAAGUAAGACUGUCGAGGAGCACGUUGCACAUUUGGACAAAGUCCUCAGUCUCCUGCAACAGCACAAGUUCAAGAUCAACGGUGAGAAGUGCGAGUUNAAGACUGUCGAGGAGCACGUUGCACAUUUGGACAAAGUCCUCAGUCUCCUGCAACAGCACAAGUUCAAGAUCAACGGUGAGAAGUGCGAGUUUGGGCGCACCCAUGUCUUGUACUUGGGUCAUGAGAUAUCCGUGGAAGGGUUGAAGCCCGAUGACGCGAAGGUGGCCAGCAUUCGUGAUUGGCCACGUCCUCAGUCUGUGACUGAGAUGAGAUCUUUCUUAGGAAUGACAGGCUACUAUAGGACUUUCGUUAAGAACUAUAGCAUACUGGACGCUCCUUUCACUGAUCUGACCCGCCUUGACACCCCAUGGGAGUGGACAGAUAAGUGCGAGGCUGCUUUCAGACAUCUGAAGCAUGCGUUGACGCACUACGAGGUCUUGAAACUUCCUUAUCCUGAUAAGUCGUUUAUAGUCACCACGGAUGUCUGCCAAUAUGGCAUUGGCGCCAUGCUCGCACAACAGGAGGGGCCAAAGUUGAGGCUUGUAGAGUACAUGUCCAAGCUAAUGCCGUCUCAGAAGUUGGCUAAGUCCACCUAUGAGAAGGAACUUUAUGAGGUGUACAAGGCUCUGACCCAUUGGAGGCACUAUCUCCUUGGGAGAGUCUGGGUUAAGUCUUCAGAACUGGGACAAGAGCAUGGGAUUUCCCGCAAACGCAUGCCCCAGUACUUUGGACCCUGGGAAGUCUUGGACAUCGUUGGAACAGAUCCGGAUGGGCCAUCUUAUGUUAUCCGGAUCCCUGGUCAUCUCCGAACGUACCCUGUCUUUCACGCCUCCAAGCUUGCUCCUUUCAAGGAAACAGAUGAGUUUCCUUCUCGUCGCUCAAUGCUGCCCCCAACCAUGGACGGAGAAGUGGACAUUGAUGACAUUGUGGAUCACAGGGAGCUGCCAGUUCAGAGACCUACAGGUAGGGGACGUCCUCCGAAACCGAAGCUGCAGUACCGCGUUCGGUUCCGACAUCAUACUGAUCCCAAGGAGGACCGCUGGUUCACGAGGGAAGAACUCAUGCAGACCGCUCCUCAAGUUGUAGCUCAUUAUGAGAAAACUCUGCAGAAAGGAAAGCGCCCGAUGAGGGAAAGGGAGGCAGAGGCAGCAGCCAGAGCCACAAGCAUUGCUGAACAGGUGGCCCUCCUUCAGGUCCCGGAAGCGAAUGCUGACCGGUUCCAAGAGAGGCUAGCUGCUGCCAUAGCAGCCUUGGUUCGACUGCGGACCUUGGAAGACCUUGAGUCCUGCGUGAUAGCACUGGAGCAGCGGAACCACGAGUUGCAAGCUGAGAUACUCAGCCUCAAACAGUCCCAAUUGUCUGCCCCUCGUCCUCCUAACCCUCGACUUGCUGCAGUCUCAGUCUCUCAAUCUAACACAGUCCUCAUAACAAGAGCAAGUGGAACUGUGACAAGCGCAGGAACCGGUGCCAGCUCCUCAAGCGGCAUCGCCGACAAUUCUGCACUAGUCAUAGUCCCAAAUGCAGGAACAUCAGCCCAAAACGCCACAGUUCUUACUGGCGUACAGUACAGCGGUCCCGUAGUGGACGAGCGGGUGGCCACUCUGCCGUCCAAGUACGACGGGAAAGGGGACAUCACCUCUUGGAUAAGCUCCAUGCGCUCAUACUUUGAGGAUGAUCCUCCACUGGAAGUCCCAACAAACAUUCACCGUCUAUUAGAUCGAUUCCCCGAAGUUCUGGCCGAACCUCGUGGAGUUCCCGAGCGUCCGGUCAAACACAAGAUCGAGAUAAUAGAAGGGAGUGUUCCUCCAAAGGGCUGCGUCUACCGUAUGGGACAAGGCGAGUUGGAGGAGUUGAGGAGACAAAUUGAUGACAUGAUCGACCGUGGAUGGAUUAGGCCUAGUGAGUCCGAGUUCGGUGCACCUGUCCUGUUUGUGCCAAAGAAAGGAGGCAAACUCCGGAUGUGUAUUGACUAUCGUGGCCUCAAUCGAAUCACCGGAAAGAAUUCUUACCCUUUGCCUCGCAUAGAUGAUCUGCUAGAUGCGGCAGGUGGGUGCAAGGUCUUCUCCAAGAUCGACCUCAAGUCUAGUUACCACCAGAUUGAAGUUGAUCCGAACGACCAACACAAAACUGCAUUCAAAACACGUGAUGGGCUAUACGAAUUCAUCGUUAUGCCCUUCGGUCUUACGAAUGCACCAGCCACAUUUCAGUGCCUCAUGGACAAGGUUCUUCGCCAUCAGCUCAACAAGUUUGUUGUUGUUUACCUCGAUGACAUCCUGAUUUUCAGCAAGUCCAUGGAAGAGUACGCCAAGCACCUUGAGGAAGUUUUGCAGGUCCUCAAGGAGGCACAACUGCACCUCAACUUAGAGAAAUCUGAGUUUGGAAGGGACAACGUCAUCUAUCUUGGGCACCGGUUGUCUGCAAACGGCCUUGAGCCGGAGGCAACCAAGGUUGAGGUCAUCCGAAAGUGGCCUCAACCAGCGAACGUACGCGAACUGCGUUCUUUUCUUGGUUUGGCCUCAUAUUACCGGAAGUUUGUGCCCAAAUUUUCUGUCAUUGCUCACCCACUCUCGAGACUAACAAGUAAGAAUGUUGCCUAUGCGUGGUAUGAGAAAUGUCAGAUUCCGUUCCAAGCCUUGAAAGAGGCAUUGGUGAGUCAUCCUGUGCUCCGUAUUGUGGAUUCCAACCUCACAUUCGUAGUCACUACGGACGCGAGCCAGUUUGGGAUUGGUGCAGUGCUACAACAAGAUGAUGGUGAUGACCUGCGUCCGCUCGAGUAUUACAGCAAACGCAUGCCCAGCCACAAGGUUCUCCUGACGGAUUACCUAAGGUGCCUACCUGCAGAGGUAAGGACCAAGCUGGUUGACGAGGCCUAUAUCGAACAGCACACCUUCGCUUCUUUCAGUAAGAAAGCUUUGGACAUAGAGGCAAAGUUGGGGUCUGCUCAUAAGGUAUCUCAUGAUGGUAGGAAGAGACUACCCCAGGACUGGAAGAAGAAAGGUCAGUUAAUGUUCGUUGACCAUGAUGGUCAAACGACGGAGAUUGACGAAUUCCCAGACCUUGGGGAGUUGAGAGAGCAGGAUGGGGCCAACGAGACUUCGGAAGGGGGAGUCGUGGCACCUAUCAAGGAAAAGGCUAGGGGGACCGGGAAGAAGAAGGUAGGACGGUCCGCGGGUCAGGGAGACCAAGGGACACCCGCAUGGGUGAAGCUUGGUUUGGAUUAUAAGGUGUGGAGGGACCGAGUUGCUAGGGGCACUUGCAUGAACUGUGGCAAUUAUGGCCACACGUCACGGAUGGAUCAGAAAGCCAACGAGACUGACGAGGCCUAUGAAGCACGUUUGGCGGCCAUCAUGGCCGAAAGCAAACAACGGGCAGAAGCAUCAGUAGCAGCAAGGAAGAAGAGGGAGGCAGAGGCAGAGAGGCUGCGUCAUAUCGCCGAAGAUCAACGGCAGAAGCAUGCAGCAGAAGCAGCAAAGACGGUCGAUGAAGAACGAGUACGACGGCGGGAGAUUCUCUUCAGGGAGGAAACUGCGUUACACGCACAGGCCAGGGAUUGGCAGAAGGAGGUUGAGAAUGGAGACUCCGUUGACUACGGGACCAGGGUUGCUCUCCUGCUCAACUGCGUCAUGGACCUCCUCGCUACUUGCAUCGCACAGCAGGAGGACAUCCACUCUCUCGACCAUGCCAAUCAGGCGCUGACUAAGCGCAUACAACAGCUGGAGCAGCGACCAGUCGCCACCUCCAGCGCCGGCCCCUCCGACCUCGUCGACCGCGUCAACGUCUUGGAGAUAGACGCGGGUAAGCUCAAGAUCGAGACACAGCGACUGGACCAGCAGGUGGGGGCGGCAGCCACACCGAGCUCAACGCCUUGUGAGAGCAUCGCCAAAUUUGAGGGGCUCCUGAUCUUCUGUGAUGCAUCGAAGAAGGAGCCUAUACCUUGGUGGCGCCAGUUCGAAUUAAAGUUGGACAUCCACCAUGUCGUCCACACAAACUGGCACGCAUACUUGUACUCCCGGUCAGGAGGUGCGUGCCAAGCAUGGCUGGACAACAUGUUGUCCGCACAUGCAUGCACAGUCUCCGAGUUACACAACUUCAUCACCUGGGUCGAUCUUACGGCGGCAUGGACGAAACGUUUCCAAGUGGAACCGCCCGAGCAUCAGGCGAUGGACAAGCUGCUGACAUUCUCACAGAACAGCAUGCCAAGUGGAGACUGGAUAUCUGAGUUCCAACGUCUGGCAAGCACGCCCAAGCUGCCGCUGAACUUCGACGACAUCAAGCUCUACUUCAUCAAAAGGUCGUGCCCANACUGGAUAUCUGAGUUCCAACGUCUGGCAAGCACGCCCAAGCUGCCGCUGAACUUCGACGACAUCAAGCUCUACUUCAUCAAAAGGUCGUGCCCAACAUUGCAAAAUGCGUUAACUCAGGUCGUCGAGAACCUCAACACAAGUGAGGAACUCUUCAACAAGGCCGCGCAAAUCAUUGUGACGAACUUGGAAGCCAAGAACAUUGGCCGUUCGUCGACAGCCGGCCAGGGCGCGUAUCAGAAUCGGUCGAAAGUGGUUGUGGUCGCGGCAGCAACGCCAAGCGACCCUUCAACUUCAAACGAGGCUGCCUCUUCUGCCGAGGGAGACAGAUUAGGAGCUGCCCAGAAUGGUGCCCGCCCUGCCAAAGGACGAGGGCGCGGCAAAACGAAGACAAACACCACUUCUUCUGGGCUCGGACAAGCAGCUCCAGCUCAAGAACCUUGGACGCAAUACGGUCUGACGAAGCGCGGGUAUCGCGUCCGCAGCAAGUACCACGAGAUAGGCCUAUGUUUUCUUCGCACCGUCGCGGCAGCCGAAUUUCAACCCACGGACUUGUCUUCGGACCCCCGUGUGGUACGGUUGCUUGACAAAUUCGCCGACACCUUCGAGUCACCUACCGGCGUGGUGCCGGAUCGGCCGAUCUCCCACGAGGUCAUUCUCGAGGCCGGUGCCGUGCCGCCGAAAGGUUGCAUCUAUUGCAUGAGCGAGGAGGAAUUUACAGUACUCCGCGCGCAGCUCAAUGAUUUGUUGGACAAAGGCUGGAUCCAACCUAGUAGCUCACCCUAUGGUGCGCCGGUUCUCUUCGUGCGGAAGAAGAACAAGGAUCUUCGCCUAUGCAUCGAUUACCAUAAGCUCAAUGCGCAAACCGUCAAGAACGCGGGACCUCUUCCCCGUAUUGACGACCUUCUGGAGCGUUUGGACGACGUUUCCAAAUUAGAUUUGAAGUCGGGAUAUCAUCAGAUUUCGAUACGCCCGCAAGAUCGCUACAAAACCGCGUUUAAGACACGGUAUGGACACUUUGAGUGGGUCGUCAUGCCUUUCAGACUCACCAACGCCCCGACGACUUUUCAAGCGGCGAUGACCAACGAGUUUCGUGCGAUGCUAGACCGGUUCGUGCUGGUCUACUUAGACGACAUCCUCGUCUAUAGCCGAACCUUGGAGGAACACCUCGAGCAUCUUCGACGAGUAUUGGAGACACUCCGUCGUGCCAAGUACAAAGCCAACCGCGACAAGUGCGAGUUCGUACGUCAAGAGUUGGAAUACUUGGGCCAUUUCGUCACUCCACAAGGCAUCAGUCCGUUGUCGGACAAGAUUCAAGUCAUCCAAGAUUGGCCGGAGCUGCGGAACGUCACGGAUGUCCGUUCGUUCCUUGGCCUUGCCGGCUACUACCAACGUUUCAUCAAAGGAUACUCGGAGAUCGCGGCCCACUUAUCCAAGCUUCAAUGCGAGGAACGACCAUUUGACUUCGGGACGGAUGCGCGAGCAUCAUUUUUGGCCCUUAAGGCCGCAUUGCUAUCAGCGGAAGUCUUGCAAAUAUACGACCCGCUAUUGCCAACGCGCGUCACUACGGAUGCGUCCGGCUAUGGCAUUGGUGCCGUCCUCGAACAACAUGAUGGCGUGGACUGGCACCCGGUUGAAUACUUCAGCAAGAAAGUGUCGAUCGUGCAUUCAAUCGAUGAUGCACACAAGAAGGAACUUCUCGCCUUCGUCCACACACUCAAGCGGUGGCGACACUUCCUCCUUGGUCGAUGCCAAUUCCGAUGGGUAACGGACAACAAUCCGUUGGUCUUUUACAAGACCCAAGACACCGUCAACAGCACGAUCGCCCGUUGGAUGGUGUUCAUCGACCAGUUCGACUUUUUUCCCGAUCAUAUUCUGGGGAAGUCAAACCGUUUUGCGGAUGCUCUUUCACGGCGUCCGGAUCACUGCACCGCCGUCUACUCGACCUUCGAGAUAGAGGAUGACUUGCGGGACAGUUUCAUCCGCGGCUAUCAAGCCGACCCCGAAUUUCGCGACAAGUACGCAAAUUGUUCCUCUCCUAAUCCGGUGCCUUCACACUAUCGGAUCCAAGAGGGAUACUUGCUCGUUCACUCGCGGGGAAAGGAUCUAUUUUGUGUGCCGCAAGAUUCACACUUGCGCACUAGGCUUCUUGGUGAGUUCCACGAUGCCCCCGCCACCGGACACUUUGGAGUCAAUCGCACGAUUGGCUGGAUCCGCGAGCGCUUUUGGUGGCCCGGUCUUCUCGACGACGUCACACGCUAUUGCGAGUCAUGCGAGGUUUGCCGACAUUGCAAAUCCCGCAAUCAUCGUCCGUAUGGCGAACUGCGACCAUUACCGGCCCCCUUGCGCCGAAGGGAAGCGGUUGCCAUGGACAUUACCGGGCCGUUCCCCAAGCACACGACGGGCGUGGAUGGGAUUCUCACGGUGGUUGACCGACUCACCAAGUUUGCCAUGUUUUUGCCUUGCCGCUAUCACGCCAAGGCACCGGAGUUGGCCGAGGUUGUGAGUUAUGCCCGAAGCACGUCAAUGGACACCGGAGUAGAGGUUGUCGACCUUCACGCUUACAUUGCGAAGAUCGACCGCGAGUUCAAGACGCAACGGUACGACGACAUCGACGCACCAUUGCUAUAUGUACGCAUUCAGAUCGGAGAGGUGACCUGCAACGCCUUGAUCGAUUCUGGAGCAUCUCGCAACUACAUCAGCCAGGACUUCAUGGUGCGCGCCAGCCUUGGCCCACGUGUCCGGAGGAAGUCGCAGCCGACGCAAGUCACGUUGGCGGACGGUCACACGCACAAGUCCAUCGCCUGGUGCAUUGACAACGUCCCAGUGUACUUUGCCCCUCACGCAAGUGAGGCGGUGUCCUUUGACAUUCUGGACACCAAAUUCGACAUGAUCUUGGGCAUGUCAUGGCCGCGAAGCGAGGAUCACCCGGUGAACUUCUUCCACCGCACCGUUCAUAUUCGUAAUCGGAACGGAGUACUAGUUCCAUGCACGGGGCCUCUUCCUCAUCCUUCGAUCAGCUGCCACAUGGUAUCCGCCGCAAGCAUGCGAGCUUCCAUCAUCAGAGACGACAUCGAGGAGAUGGGGGUGUGUUUUCUCCACGCCCUCCCGCCCCAUGACGCUUCAUCGAUGGACUCCCCUUCGGAUCCACGCAUCACCGAGCUUCUCGACGCCAACAGCGACGUGUUCGAAGGCCCGCACGGAGUAGUACCGGAUCGACCCAUCCGCCACGAGAUCAUCCUCGAGGACGGGGCCGUACCCCCGCGCGGUUGCAUCUACCGAAUGCAGUGUGCAAGUAAUCCCGCAGUUGUGCCAUAAGCACGUUGCAAUGCAGUUUCGACAAUCGUCCGGUCGAGAGAACGGGCAUCCACUGGAAGUUCGUGAAUGUCUAUGGGUCG